UGGAUCCUGAGGUUGAUCGUGUGGUUCAUUGGAACGCGGAUUUGAUUUGCCUUGCUUUAAAUUCGAAUCGUAACUAUGCCUUCAGGAAAAAAGGGGAAAAAGAAGAAGGGCACAACUUGUGGUUUAAUGGCAUUCUUGGCUGGGAGGGGUGGAAUACCCAUUGUGCCAGUAAAACCAUCAAGCAGCUGGGCUGACGAUGUGGAACAAGAACGUGGUUUUUCAUCAAGAAGUAGCAAAGAACCUGUGAUUUUGCCUACUGCUCCAAGAGCUGCAAGAGACCCUCAAGUCACAGAUGAUAUUAUUCCUACUAAUCCACCUUAUGUAGCAUAUCUUUCUAAUCUUCCUUAUGAAGUGGAUGAAGCAUAUUUGACAGAAUUUUUUACUGACAUGAAGAUUUCAAACAUACGUUUACCAAAAGAUUCUAAUAAACUUAAAGGAUAUGGAUAUGUUGAAUUUGAAGAUCGUCAAAGUUUAAUUGAUGCUCUUUGUUUAUCCAAUACUCUUAUGAAAACAAGGAGAGUACGCAUUGAUGUUUCAAAUACUAUUAUUGAUGAUCGUCGUGGUGGUCGAAUGGGUCGUGAUAAUCGCAGAGACAAUUAUGAUGAUUCCGAACGUACAUCCGGAGAUUGGAGAAGUGGUCCACGUGACGAAAAUCUACCAUCAGAUGGAGAUUCUUACCGGGGUCGAUAUGAUAAUAGAGACCGAAGAGAUGAUCGUGAAAGUUCUGACUUUGAUAAUAAACCUGGGGCGUGGCGUGAGAGUAGCGACAGAGCAAGACCAUCUUUCAGAGGUGGUUUCAAAGAUGAAGAUAAAGAUAGAGAAUGGUCUCACUAUGAUAAGGAUAGUAGAGAUCGAGAUGGAGGAGAUAGAGGAAGUAGUUUUGGCUCACGUCGUAAUUAUGGAGAUUCUGAUUGGGAUCGUGAUGGCCUACGUAGACAGGGAAGGCCCCCUUCGGAAGGUAAACCUGAACCAAGAACUAGGCCAAAACUGAAGCUACAGCCUCGUACAAAACCUAUUGAGCCUAUUGUUGUAAAAGAAGAACAGCCUGCAGCUCCACCUACUGCUGCACCCACUUCAUCAACAAAUAUAUUUGGUGCUGCAAAACCUGUAGAUACCACUGCCAGAGAAAGAGAAAUAGAGGAACGUCUUGCAAAAUCGUAUGCCGAAUCAAAACCCAAAGAAGACGGAGAUUCUGAAAAACGCGCUUUUAAAGAAGGUAUUUGGGGCAAACGUAAUGGAGAGGGUCGUGAAGAAAGAGAAGGAGGUCGACCAACUCGGCGAUCAGAGGAUGACAGAAGUCGACGAAAUGAAAUGAGGUCGACAGUACGAAGUCAACCUGCUCAUUCUGAUCAAUAUGGAGACACUAAAGGGCAGCCCUCUUCUCGUGGAAGUCGGCCAUCUUCAAGAGGUCCCCCACGAUCAAACGAUACUCGUGGUGGAGAUAGAGAUCGAAGAGACAGAGAAAAAGAUGAUGUUAAUAGAAUGCCAAAAGCAAAGGAUGAGCAAGCUCCAAAUUUCGUAGCUUCCAACAAGUAUUCCAUGCUACCUGAUGAUGUGGAUCCCGACAAUAUUGAUGAUUAGUCCUAAUCAUUAUAUAUCACCAAUUAAAUUGUGCCACAUGCAUCAUAAUUGGUCUAUAUAUGCAUAUUAUUAAUUUGUUUUAC